AGAUGUUAAGGAGUCUUUGAUUUGGUGAUAAACCCUGUAGUAUCUGUAAAUGAACUUAAACCUGUACCCUGACGUUCAACACUAGCUGCCUUGUUGAGCAGGAAAGCUAGAGCAAUAAACUUAACUAUCUCUCCGUUUCAGUUUACUCCACCGCGCGUUCUUCUUAUAUUCUCAAUAACAUAACACCGACGACGUGUCACUAUAUCAACCCUUCAUCUCUUCACUCUCCAAUGGAGCAUCUUCUUAGAUCACUUCGAUCAUCGCGUUUUCGUUUCCGUUCACUUCCUUCUUCUCACUCCUCUCGCCGCCUUCAUUCUUCUAUCUCUCCUAAAUUUCUGUUUAGGAGUAGAAGCUGCUUCUGCUCGAUCAUCAUCUUCAUCGGUUUCCGAUGUUUCGAGAGUUUUGCGAGGGGAUUUGGGACAGUAUUCGAUGCUACCUGCUGUUUUGGCUGGUUUAUUUGGAAUUGAAUUAGUGGAAACUGCUUAUGCGGAAGAACAAGCUAAUAGUAACGAGGAUGUGCAAGAAAUUGCUAUUAAAGAGCGUCAGAGAAUUCAAGACUUGCUUACAACUAAAGGAAUUCGUCCAAGUUCUGUUCCUCGUUUCAAUGUCGCUGUUAAAGGUCAAAAGGUGAGUAUAAAGUUUCAAAUUCCUCCUGGCUGUGAAGUUUCACAAGUUAUUGCAAAUCUUACUGCACAUCUUGGACUGAAAUCUGAAGGCCAUGGCGGUGGUUCAGAUAUGAUUUUGCGUGCAUGGGACAGCACGGUUGCUUGGCAACUAACCCUGACUCAUCCAUCAAAGCAAAAACAUAUUCAACAGAAUGAUCCGUCAUUAACUGAUACAAUUGCACAUGAUACAGAUCUAUGCAUACUUAUAUUUCAUUCUCUCAUUGGCACAGAUAAAGUUGAAAUUGAAUUUAUGAAGCAAGGGAACUUGAGCCCUGAAGAGCUCGAUGCUUUCAUAUCUGUUUUACAAUUAGCUGGUAACAAGUUGGUAGAAAGAAAUCCUCUGGAAAGAAAGCGAAGGGAAGAGACUGAACAGCCGCAAUCUGUAGAUAAAUCUAUUUCUAGUCUUGAGGCCAUGGGAGUAAAAGUAUAUGGGCUCAAUGAACCCAUAGGUAUAUCAAACAGUGAGAUAUCAUGGGACAUCAUCGCUGGGUACGAGGAUCAAAAACGGGUGAUAGAAGAUACAGUACUAUUGGCUUUGCGCAGUCCUGAAGUAUAUGAUGAUAUUGCUCGAGGGACUCGGCAUAAGUUUGAGUCUAACAGACCUCGAGCCGUGCUGUUUGAAGGUCCACCAGGUACAGGGAAAACCUCUUGUGCCCGUGUUAUUGCCAAUCAAGCGGGCGUCCCUUUGCUUUAUGUGCCACUUGAGGUAGUGAUGUCUGAAUUCUACGGUAAAAGUGAACGCCUCCUAGGGAAAGUGUUUUCACUAGCAAACAAUCUUCCCAAUGGUGCUAUUAUAUUUUUGGACGAGAUUGAUUCUCUUGCUGCUUCUCGUGAUAAUGAUAUGCAUGAAGCUACACGUAGAAUGUUGUCAGUAUUAUUGCGACAGAUAGAUGGCUUUGAGCAGGAUAAGAAAGUGGUUGUCAUUGCUGCCACAAAUAGAAAGGAGGACCUUGAUCCUGCAUUAAUUAGUCGGUUUGAUACUAUGAUCGCUUUUGGUUUACCUGAUCAACAAACUCGUCAGGAAAUAGCAUCUAAAUAUGCAAAGCACCUGUCUAAAGCCGAACUUGAUGAACUUGCAAGAGUUGCAGAAGAUAUGGCUGGAAGAGAUAUUAGAGAUGUUUGUCUGCAAGCGGAACGAUCCUGGGCAUCAAAGAUUAUCCGGGGACAAGUGUCUAAAGACGGCGAACAAGCGAACCUUCCACCUUUGCAAGAAUAUAUAGCAUGUGCUACAAAUCGACGGGAAGCGCUGCUUAGUGCUGCUGCAAAUAGGAAGAUUCGAAGUUCUUCCCACCAAAGGAUGAUAAAUGAAUAGGUGUAUGGUUAGAAAAUACCAAAUCAUAGGAUCAAAUAACAUUGGACCAGAGCUACACUUUGGAGCUUCUCAAAGUCGCGGUGAGAGCUCUGAACUCACAACCUGUGGUUGACCACCACUCAACUAAACACACAACUAAACACACGCUAAGACUUGACCUCAUUUGACAGGGCUCAAAGGCUUACUAUUUUCAUUAUUUUAAUAUAUUAGUUUAUUUAUAUAAGAACACUCUAAUUUGACUUUUUUGUAAUGGUUAAUUUCGUUAAAUAUUAGCCUGUAAGAUUUACCAAAUAACAUAACUGAACUGGAAUUAACAUUUUUUGCGUUGUUUCAGUCAACAAAAGAAAAGCAUUUUUGGUGUUA